UUACGCCGAUCGUUGUCGGGUGCAGUCGUGUUCCGCGUUCGCUGCUUUGUUUUCUUAUCUCGUGCGCGCAGAGUAUUUUGUUUACGCGUGUAGUUUUUUUAAUAAAUUUAUUUAUGAUUCUGUACACCUAUCGUUUCGCUUAGGAAAUAGGCUGGAAUAUUAUCAGCUGUACAAUAAAUAUUUGUGAUUUCAAGUCAACUCGUAAUUUUUUUCCUCUUCGAUUAAAUUAAAUUAACUAUUAACUACAAAAUAUAAAAUGGGUGAACGCAGAGGGCUGAAAGCUUUGGAGUUGUGGUGCAAACGCGUCACAGAGGGUUAUCCCGGUGUUAAGAUUGAUAACAUGACCACAUCGUGGCGUGAUGGUCUUGCUUUCUGCGCCAUUAUCAAUCACUUCCGGCCAGAUCUCAUUGAUUUUGGAAAACUAAACAAAGAUGACGUUUUGCGCAACAAUGAACUGGCAUUCCGCGUGGCCCAACAGUAUCUUGGCAUUCCGGCCCUCCUGGACGCAGAAGACAUGGUCGAGUAUCCGGUUCCGGAUCGUCUCUCUAUUCUCACAUACCUUUCACAGUUCUACAACGCAUUGGCAUGCACUCCAGGAAAUUCUCCUUCCAGACUUGCCCCUAAGAGACAAGCCCCGGUCCCAGAGCGCAACAUUGUCCUGCCGUCGUCGGCCAGCCCACCAACUAAGCUGGCGAGAAGCACUAGCGCAGUAAAGCAGACCUGCGUGGAGUGCAAGCUUCCCGUUUUUGUGGACGAACGCAAGACGGUCGGUAAGCAAUUGUAUCACAUCGGAUGCUAUAAUAAAAUGGCGGACGGGGGAGGCAAGCGCACCGAAGAAGCGCAGGUGGUCCCAGAAGUGGUAACUGCAGCCAUUGUAAGAUCAGUGCUCGAACGGUCUCUCAGUGAUGAGGAAAAAGCCAGCGGAUUACUCUACGAUGAUGAUACUACGAAUGGCACCUACCGUACCGCCCUCGACAACACUGUACCUUCGAAUAAUACCAGUACCACUACAAGUUCAACAACAAGCAGCGAAUAUACAAUGGCGCGAUCACAUUUUAUGCAGGACCUGAUCAAACCACCUGCACCACAUCAAGAUCUUGAUCAUAAAGCGACUGAUCAAGGUACUGAUGUUUCGGAAGUGCGUGAAUGUAGUGACUAUGAUAGUGAUUGCUUACCCCCGACGGACUCAUUGAAACUUAGUGUAGUUGUAAAUAAUAGUGAUAGCAGUGGACUUAGUGAUACAUUAGCCGCGAACGUUGUCAAAGACGAAAAGGUUACAGACGAUUUUAUUACCAAAGAUGAUCUCCACAAACAUGAACGUAAACAAUUCUCCGCGUCAGAUAGCGACGAUGUGGUUGUGAUUUCGGACGUGUCCAUGUUGCAUAUUACAAUCUCUGAUAACUCGAAUAUGGCCGCUACUGAUUCAUCAUUCAACGAAGGAGACUCCAAAACUGCCUUGGAGAAUCCAUAUAGCGAAGAGGUGAAGGGCGACGAUGAAACCAAAGUGCCUGUGAAAAAGGAUGCGGACACAACGAAUCCAUUUGACGAUGAAGAUGAUGAUGAAAUUGGAGAAUUUCCAUCUGCUUCCAGCUCAAGAGUGGACGUCAAACCAAAGUCCCUUAAUCCCUUCAGCGAUGACGAAGAUGAGGAAGAGGAGCUGGAAGAGAAACCUAAAUUGAAAAGGAUAGAAGGUAGCAAAAAGGAUUCUCCAGAGGAUUAUGCUGGUAAAAAUCCUUUCUCCAGCGAUGAAGACGAGGAGGAGGAUAAAAACAACAAGAUGGAUAAUCCUAUUGAUGUGAAACCUGUGACAGUAUUAAAAAAGAUCCAACCGCGCCACUCGGACUUCAAGAUGACGACUGGGAGCAUGGGUGACACCCCUGAGGAUUACAAAACCAUUUUCUACAAGCGGGAGAGCGUCGCACCGACGUACAAAAAGUCACCGCCGCGUAUUAGUCUCAAUCCCUUCUCUAGCGAUGAGGACGAAGAUGACAACACAUCGCUGCCUACCACACACGGGUCAAUGGCGACGUUGUCGCAGCCGCGGUCAUCGUUUGGUUCCACCAAUUCCCUUACGAGCACCGCCUCUUCGAGCAUUAACUCUACCUACCGGAAGAAAAAACCCGCACCUAAGCCACCCAUUCCGGCGUUUCAAAAUCUGCCGAAUUCAACGGGCUCAUCUCCGCAUGCUUCCAUUACGUCUAGUCCAUCUACAAGUGCUCAACAUUCGCCGAAACCAAGAAAAUCGAAACGUGCGCCUCCACCACCGGUACAAAAAGCAUCUGAGACUUCAACACCUGUCACACGACCUAAACCCGCCCCUAGAUUAUUUAAUCCCGCGUCCCCAAUUAAAUCUAUGCCCACACAAUCACCUGGUCUUGAUUAUGAAAAAGAAAAAGUCGCCAAGGAUGAAGCAAAUAGGCAAACUCAAUCAUCAGGACAGGAACAUGCUGAUUAUUCACUCCCACCAACGUAUAAAAGUAGUUAUGGUAUGUGGAAGAGGAAGAAAGGGCAGGCCCCAGGUCUCCCAAUACCACAAAAACGCACGAUUAAAGCCCUUCCGAUGACUGAAUUGAAAAAAGAGUUGGAUAUCAUUGAACUUCAACUGCAAGGUCUUAGCAAACAAGGGGAACGUCUGGAAAAGAUCAUUCGAGAUCAAUGCGAAGGACCUGAUGCUGAUCCCAAUGCAACUGAGAUUCCGAUCGAAGCAGAGGAUUUAAUCCUACAGCUGUUUGAAGUUGUUAAUGAGAAGAACGAAUUGUGUCGAAGACAAGCGGAAUUAAUGUAUUUAAAACGUCAACAUCGUUUGGAAGAAGAACAAGCUGAUAUUGAAUACCAAGUAAGAUGUCUAAUGCUGCAAAGCAGUAAAUCCGAUUCUGAAAAACUGCGUGAGACUGAACUCAUCGCUCGUUUAGUGGAAGUUGUCAAUCUUCGAGCGGAAAUCGUUGAAUGUUUAGAGAUGGAUCGAGUAAGAGGCGUUGAAGAAGAUGAUAGCAUUACGUACUCGAUGAACACCUACGCGAAUAAUCGAGAUGAAGCCGCUGCGGCUUCAUCAUUGCCUAGCAGUACCGAUGUAAGUCCGAAGAAGGAAAAGAAAAAGAAGUUCCGCAAACUCCUCAAGUUCAAAAAGCUCACCGCGAGCAAGAUGGACGCCGACAAAGAUGUCGACGAGAGCGAGAGUUCACCGAAAUCUAAUAAAAGUGUUAAAUCUGAUAAAUCUAGCAAAAGCAAGAAGAAAAAGUAGAAUUAGGUUAGGAGAUGAGAGCUACUAAAUAUUGUGUAUGUUUAUUUUUUAUUAAAACUUUUUUUUAUUAGAUAAACAAAGAUGGCCGACAUGGACGCUUACCUGUUACAAAAAUAUGUCGGCCGGUUAUUUUACGAAUAAACGAUCAAUGAACCAAUGAAA